AUGGCUUUUCCUGGCCGCUCCAGUUCUACGAGAAAGGCUCCGGCCUGCGGUGAGGGGGAGGUGACCAGCACCACCGGUGACGCUGCUCUCGCCAGAGCCCCGAGUCUCGCUGGCACCCCUCGGACCACCUCGCAAAGGACCCAGCGGACCAAAGCCAACGCCCGAGAGCGCAGUCGCAUGCACGGCCUCAAUGCCGCCCUGGAUAAAUUGAGAAGGCACAUCCCCUUCGCUCGCAACACCAGCAAGCUGUCCAAGAUCGAGACCCUGCGGAUGGCGCGCAACUACAUCUUUGUCCUCUCGGAGACCCUGUCCACGGGGGAGCCGUUCGACCCCAUCACUUACGCCAGUGUCAUGUCGCGAGGGCUGAGCCACGCCACCGCCAAUCAGAUCAACGGGUCGCUCAACCUGCGACCCUGCUCGGUCAAGCUGCUGCCGCCGCUGGAGUCGUACCGCGCGUCUGGGUACGAGGUCGCGGAGCCGGCACCCCCUUCCGCUUCAGCGGGGGCGUCGCAGAUGGAGUGUCACGUGAUACCGGAGCUCUGGUCAGACGGCGAUCAGCUGACCGCCUUUUCGGCCGCCUACUGAGGUCCAGCCAGGCGCAACCGACAUAGCCGCUGUUCGACCCUGCAGAUGCGCUUACUCUAUGGGUGCUGUUAUACUUUAAAUAUCAAAAUCAAUAUCCGUAGCAAGUUAGCGUAAACUUCAAGAAAAAAAAACUUUUUGAGCGCUAAGGAGUAAUGAGCGUAGACAACGACAUGCUUAUCAGUGAUGUGAUUAUGGCGUUUUACGGUUUAUGCAAGAGGCUUUU